AUUCAUUUCCCGCCAAAAUCCUCCACCUUUCUCCUUCGCCGGCGUCAAUGGUGGAAAUGGAAUCGCCGACACAGACGGCGGAGCACAUAGAAUCCAUGACGGAGUUUCUGGUAAAGAACUAUUCCGAUCAGCUCCGCGAAAUCUCUCUCGCUUCCGAUCCCAAACUCCACUACCCUCUCUUCAUCGAGUACGCAGAACUCGUUGACGAUAAUCCGUCUCUAGCGCAUCUUGUUUUCUCAAAUCCCGAACAGUAUCUUCGUCAAUUCAACGAUUCAGCCAUUUUAGCUCACAAAAUUGCGUUGGAGCAUAUGAAGAAAUUUGAGAAGAAGAUUGGGAUUGAGAAGAGAUUUAUACAUGUUCGUAUCAACACCAGUGGAUCUCCUCUAGAACGAAGUCCUGAGACUUUCCCGAGUAUUGGCCGGAUUAGAGUAAGACACCGAGGGAUUUUGUUGAUGUUGAAAGGCACGGUGAUUCGGUCUGGGGCUGUUAAAAUGUAUGAGGGAGAAAGGAUGUAUCGAUGCCGAAAAUGCAAGCACAUGUUUCCUAUUUUCCCUGAGUUAGAAUCAAUCAACUCUAUUGUGAAACCGCCUUUUUGUCCUUCUCAGCGGUCAAAAUCUUGUGAAGGCACAAACUUUGAUCCUGUAGAUGAUACAGUAACACGCCACGAUUAUCAAGAAAUCAAAAUCCAAGAAAAUACUCAGGUUUUAGGUGUUGGUGUUAUCCCAAGGUCCAUUCUAGUCGUCCUGAAAGAUGACCUUGUUGACAAUGUUAAAGCUGGAGAUGAUGUUGUUGUCUCUGGAAUCUUGACUUCAAAAUGGUCUCAUGACUUGAAAGAUGUUCGCUGCGACCUUGAACCUAUGUUGAUUGCCAAUCAUGUUAGUUUCAGCAUUAACUCACUUUCUACUUUCUUUUCACCUAUUAUCCUGCCACUAUCCAGAAGAACUAAUGAGCUGAAAUCAGAAAUCGAUAUAUCUGAUGAUAUGAUCGAGAAGUUCAAGAACUUUUGGAGUCACUUCAGAGAUACCCCUUUGAAAGGGAGAAAUGCUAUCUUACGAGGUAUCUGCCCCCAAGUCUUUGGUCUCUUCACUGUUAAGCUUGCAGUUGCCUUGACACUCAUUGGAGGUGUGCAACAUGUUGAUGCUUCUGGUACAAAAGUACGGGGAGAAUCUCACUUGCUUCUCAUUGGUGAUCCAGGCACUGGAAAAUCGCAGUUCUUGAAGUUUGCUGCAAAACUAAGCAACAGAGCUGUAAUCACAACGGGACUAGGAAGCACAAGUGCUGGAUUGACUGUAACUGCAGUGAAGGAUGGAGGAGAGUGGAUGUUGGAAGCUGGGGCCCUUGUUCUUGCAGAUGGUGGACUUUGCUGCAUUGACGAAUUUGAUAGCAUGAGAGAGCAUGACAGAGCAACCAUACAUGAAGCAAUGGAGCAACAAAGUAUAAGCGUUGCCAAGGCUGGCCUUGUAACAACUCUUAGCACAAAGACAAUCGUCUUCGGUGCAACAAAUCCUAAAGGACAAUAUGAUCCCGAUCAGUCUCUUUCUGUCAAUACUGCACUUUCCGGUCCAUUGUUGAGCAGGUUUGACAUUGUACUUGUUCUCUUAGAUACAAAAAAUCCCGAAUGGGAUGUAGUUGUAUCCUCUCACAUCCUUGCCGAGGUGCAAAUAGAGCAAGACAGAGAUGUCGAUGAUCUGACAAUUAUUUGGCCACUACCGAUGCUUCAAAGGCGACGUGGCUGGGAUGGGCUCUUCUGUUGUCUUGGACUCUUGUCUAGAAAAUCAUUAGGUCCCAUGGGAACUGUCAUUGAGCAUAGCCUUGCUGAAACCAAGAACAACCGUGAGAAUGUUGGAAAGCUUAAUCCGUCUGGCUCAAGAAAUGAGGUCACGCGAUUAGAUGCCAUAACAGCAAUCCUGUGCAUUGAAUCAUCGAUGACUAUUUCAGCCAUAGUAGACAGUAUGGGGAAUGCGUUGCACUCUAAUUUCUCUGAGGAACCAGAUCAGGAAUACGCGAAGCAAGAGAAGAUCAUCCUUGAAAAGCUAAGAGGAGACGACAUCUAUUAGCGUCUGGCUGCGAUGAAUUGUGACCCACAGAUACGGAGAUAGGUUUGCAAUAAUCUCCUUCACGUUUCUCCUGCAAGUUUUCAUUUGUAUAAAGUGCAUUAUGUGUGAUUCUGCAGUUGAAAUGGCUCUUGAGAGCAAACUUACUUUAAAACAUGUAUGUAUUCCAUCUUCGUGUCGAUUCAAUCAAAUAGGUAAAGAAAG